CGCGGGGCUGCGGCACAGCUCGCCGGGCUCCGGCUGGCAGUGCAGCGGGGCGUCCCCAGGUGCGACCCCCGGGACCCAGCUCCUGGCACGCCGCCUCCUCCCGGGCCGCCGCGGCAUGCCUGCCCCGGCGAGCCCCACUCCCGCCGGCAGCGCGUAGGUGCCUCGGGGAGGACCCCGGCUUCCUGCUCUACCCACCGCGACGCGCCGAGGCCCUACCGAGGCCCCCGCAGAAGGCACCAUGAAAGGUUACUUGUAGAGAUCAGGUAGCAGUGUUUUUAAGCCCCAGCACGUCAGUCUUCAGCCUCUUUCAUCGUAGAAUCCCUGGAGGUGGAGCCCUGAGUCUUGAGGUCUUGAGAUCUUCAUUCAGCUUCAGGUGUUGCCAUAGACCCACCACUAGAAAGAAUAAUGCAAAAUCAUCCAGAGAGUCGUUCAAAGAAAUGUUGGUUGAGCUGUUCUCUGAGCCAGCCACUGUGUGGGACAGACGCAGUCCUUACCCCUAGAACUCGAGGCCUGGACAUGAGAGCAGAAGAAGAAUCCAGAAUCCCAGAAUGCGAUCAGCUGGCACUGAUGGGGAUGCACUGUGUGUUACCGAAGAGGAACUGACUGGUGAAGACGAGGACAUGCCAUCCUUCCCAUGCACGCAGGAGGGCAGGCCAGGACCCCACUGUAGCCGCUGCCAGAAGAAUCUGUCUUUGCACACGUCAGUGCGGAUUCUGUACCUCUUUCUUGCUCUGCUCCUGGUGGCUGUGGCUGUGCUGGCCUCGCUGGGUAAGAUUGGGUACCACCUACAUCAAGAUCACCUUCACGGGACUGGAGAGAUGACUCAGAGGUUAAGAGCACUGGUUGGUCUUCCAGAGGAUCCAGUGUUUAGGAAGGUGGACUCUCUCUCAGAAGACAUCUCCUUGGCCCAGUCCAUUUAUGACAAGAAGCUUGUGUUGAUGCAGGAAAAUCUUCAAGGAUUGGACCCCAAAGCCCUGAACAACUGCUCCUUCUGCCGUGAGGCUGGGCAGCUAGGGCAGGAGAUCAGGAAGCUUCAAGAGGAGCUAGAGGGGCUUCAGAAGAUGCUGCUGGCCCAGGAGGUCCAGCUGGACCAGACCUCCCAGGCCCAUGAGCUUCUCUCCACCACAAGUGGUCGGAUCUCCCAGGAGAUGGGCAGUUGUUCCUUCUCCAUCCACCAGGUCAAUCAGUCCCUGGGACUCUUCCUGGCACAGAUGAGGGGCUGGCAGGUCACUACAGCAGGGCUGGACCUCUCUCUGAAGGACCUCACCCAGGAGUGCUAUGAUGUCAAGGCCGCUGUACACCAGAUCAACUUCACAGUGGGCCAGACUGCUGAAUGGAUCCAUGGGAUCCAGCGGAAGACAGACGAGGAGACUCUGACCCUACAGAAGAUGGUCACUGACUGGCAGAACUACACCAGGCUCUUUGGAGGUCUCCGCAGCACCUCCACUAAGACAGGAGAGGUGGUCAAGACCAUCCAGGCCACCCUGGGAGCCUCCUCACAGCGCAUCAGCCAGAAUUCUGAGAGCAUGCAUGACUUGGUAUUACAGGUCAUGGGCUUACAACUGCAGCUGGACAACAUCUCGUCCUUCCUGGAUGACCACGAGGAGAACAUGCAUGAUCUCCAAUACCACACCCGCUAUGCCCAGAAUCGCACUGUGGAGAGGUUCGAGUCUCUGGAAGGACGCAUGGCUUCUCAUGAGAUCGAAAUCGGAACCAUCUUCACCAACAUCAAUGCCACUGACAAUCACGUGCACAGUAUGCUCAAGUACCUGGAUGAUGUGCGGCUCUCCUGCACACUGGGCUUUCACACCCAUGCUGAGGAGCUCUACUACCUAAACAAGUCUGUCUCCCUCAUGCUGGGCACCACAGACCUACUCCGGGAGCGCUUCAGUCUGCUCAGUGCCCGGCUGGACUUCAAUGUUCGCAACCUCUCCCUGAUCAUGGAGGAGAUGAAGGCUGUAGACUUGCAUCAUGGAGAAAUCCUUCGCAACGUCACCAUCCUCAGAGGUGCCCCUGGCCCUCCAGGACCAAGAGGACUCAAAGGAGAUAUGGGCAUGAAAGGACCUGUUGGUGGCAGAGGACCUAAAGGAGAUCCUGGCAGCCUGGGCCCCCCUGGAGCCCAGGGUCCUCAGGGGCAGCCUGGGGAACCAGGACCUGUGGGAGAAAGAGGUCCAAUUGGCCCCCGAGGCUUCCCAGGCCUCAAAGGCUCAAAGGGCAGCUUUGGCACUGGAGGGCCAAGGGGACAGCCAGGCCCCAAAGGAGAUGUGGGACCUCCAGGGUCAGAGGGCCCCCCAGGGUCUCCAGGGCCCUCAGGGCCCCAGGGAAAGCCGGGGAUCGCAGGGAAGACAGGGUCACCAGGCCAGCAGGGGGCCAUGGGGCCUAAGGGUGAACCAGGCAUCCAGGGUCCCCCUGGACUUCCUGGGCCCCCAGGCCCACCAGGAAGCCAGAGCCCCUACUAAGAAGUGUCCUUGUCCUAAUGCUGACACACGAAUUGUGGAAGGAGCUCAUAGCAGCAGUCAGAAAGCCUCAUUACCUACAAGACAAUCACUGCCCUUUGAUCCUGAUAUGGGGGUGUCUCUCAGAGAUGACUGCAGCCUUCAGCUCCCCAAUAGUGACUAUACCAUAGGAAAGCAACUCACCCCUACCCACGUUUUUCUGCUGGCUGGUGGGGCCAAUUGAGAGUCCCCUGCUAGGUAGGAGGAGAGGGAAAAAGAUUCCCCUCGCCUGUGACUGAGCCUGUCAGGGGGGUGGCUACCUCAGGAAGAAGGUCUUGAAUCUCUUGGAAUGGUGACCAGCUCCAGUCUUUGCUGUGACUUAACACCCAUGCUGGCCAGAAGCUUCCUAGGGCUCCAGCUGUUUGAAAGGACCCAGGGGAGCCUUUGGGGCAUUAUAGCUAAAAUUCCAGGGACAACGGCACAGUCAUGGGAACAGAGUCAUGGGAGCUGCCCCUGACCCACAUGAAGCAGAGUGAGUCUGCCCUGGCUGGUACUCUCAGGCCUCAUGCGUUAGUGCCCCUGACAAGUUCAGAGGGCUUUUCUUUUUCUUUUACAUGUCCAGAAAAUUCCCUGCUUCAGUCUUACCUCUGCAUCUCAGGGGUGGCCUGCAGGAAUCCAAACAGGUGUUUCAUCUACAUGGGGAGACCCUGUAGGCCCCAGGACAUGCUGCCUGUCUGCCACCCAGCUCCCAGGAAGACCACAGGGCUGGAGGCAGGAGAACAAAACAUGGAUGACGUGUCUCUCCAUAAAGCUGCCCCUUGUUCUACUUAGGCUGCCGGGCCCAUGUUCCCAGUGGCACUUUUCUGUGGAGAUCAGGGAGGACCAGGCUGCAGCAGGACCCACCCCUGAUAACAGGGUGGCUCUUGCCUCCUGCUCCCAGCUGUCCUCCUGUCCACAGCUGCACAAUGACCUCACUCCACCCUAACCCAGGAUGGCCAGAGUCCUUCCUGUAUGAACAGUAAGCUGGACUCAGCAUAGGAAGAGCCUGGACAUGCACAAGAGGACCCUUUCACAUCACUUCUCAUCCUUCAAUAACUUCCUAUAUACACUCACAGAAAGGAAUGCCGGGAGGUUCCCCAUAGCGAGUAGGUCUCCAUUGACUUGACUCACUCUAAAGCUUUCCUACUCCAACAGACACAGACACCCUUGGGCCGACUAUGGAAUUUUCUCCUCCCUAGCCUUGUCCCAGAGACCUGCCCUCUUCCUGUUCAAAGACUUUAUGUUACCUUUCUCCUCAACAUCAAUGUGCAACUGGCUUGCAUAACAACCCCCCCACCCCAACGUGUAACUGUCCUGAUUACAUAGGACAAUACCUUGUAACAUAAUCUCACCGACCAGUAAAGAGCUAUUUCCAGGAA